AUGAAAGGAGCUAUGCAAGAGGAGGAUGAAGAGAAAGAACGAGUUAAGCAGCGACAGGCGGAGAAGGCAAGAUUUCAGGGUGGGAGAAUGGUGCAGAGAGGAAAUGCAAAGGUUUGGAGAAAGGAACCUCGAUUCAGGGGCAGUGGGAGAGUCGUGACGCUUGAUGAUCCUGUGAAAGAUGGCAAGGGACUGGCCUUUGGAGAGCAAAUCCUGCCCAGUGACUUGUGGAGGGAAAACAGACGUUGGAAUGCUCCAACUGUCGAGGAGGGUGAGGGAAUGAGAAUGGAGGAUAUCAUUCGUGAGGAGCUGGCUUAUACGAUUAGAACAGUACAACGAUGCACCCCGAAGAAGACUGUCAAGAAAACGAUCAAGAAACGGGUCAGCUUCAAAACCCCGUUGGUGGAAGAGAUUCCGUACUUGCAACCACCUGAGCUCUUGCUACCGGAUUCGGCUAGUGAUUGUGGGUUGAGCGUGGGAUCGGAUAGCGGAUGUGAAUACGAUGGUUUCCUCGGCUUUUCCGAGGAUGAGGCUCAGGGAUGGAUGCCUGUUAUGGUGCGAGAAGACCAAAAGGAAGAAGAGGAAGGGUGGGUAUCCCUUACUGGGUCCUGGAUGAUGCUUGGCGGAGUACCGGAGGAAAAGAAGAUGGUGAAGUUGUAG